AUGCUGGCGCCACGAGCGAGGGUGCAUCCAGGUCGCCUUCUUCUGCGUCGAAAGGCGAAAGAGGGUGUUGAUCAGGAGGAGGCGCUGUUCUGCGCGGGUUCGCUGAAGGAGGAAGUGGUCGUUGCUGCAGUCGCCGAGUCUAUGAGGACCCAGCACGCACUUCCAGGCGGUGUGGUCUGCCCUGACAAGGACACUGAAGUCGCCAACAGCAUUCAGCUUGUCUGCCUUCGGCAAAGUCGCCAGGUGGGUGUGCAGGUCUUCGUAAGGCUUUUCUCCACCUUGUCGGAGCUGGUCAUUGUGGGAUCUAGACGAUGA